AUGGGGCUCUUCAAAAAGCACAGCGAAGACGGCGAAGAGUCCAGCCGCCGCGCUCUGUUCGGCUCUCGAUCCAAGAACAAAAGCCCCGCGGCCGCAUCCAACCCCUACGCUCAACCGGCAUAUGUCGAUCCCUAUACCAAGGCGAAGAUCCAGGCCGGGGUGACACCCCCGCCAGCUGGUUAUCAGGGCGGGACCCAAUCCCCCGCCCCCGCGCAAGGACCCCACGCCAUUCCAUCCGACAACAAAUACUCAGCAAAUGCCUACGGGAAUCAAGGCGGCUACGGCGGUGAUCGGUAUGGCAAUGGUGGCAACGGCAACGGCGCGGGCGCCUCUCGUUAUGGAACCGGGGGUUAUGGAGGACUAGGGAAUGCCGACCCCAACGAUCCAGGAAAGACGGAUGCCGCUCGCAAUGAACUGUUCGGCGGAGCUAGAGAUCGUACACAAUCCGGUCAGAACGGCGCGCCGCCUCCAUACUCGCCUGGUCAGGGCGGAGAAGCAGGCGGGCAGGGCGGAAACUACGGUGGCGGCAGCAAUGAAUAUAGCAUGGCAACCUACCAGGACCGACAGUUGACGGCGGAGGAGGAAGAAGAAGAGCAGAUCCAAGCGACCAAGCAGGAGAUGAAAUUCGUGAAGCAGGGUGACGUCGCAUCAACCCGGAACGCUCUCCGGGCUGCCGCCAUGGCAGAGGAAACGGGUCGGUCGACACUGGCUCGUUUGGGUGCUCAGGGAGAAAUGGUCCACGACGCCGAAAAGAACCUAGACAUGGCCACGGUUGAGGGACGUGUCGCGCAGGAGAAGGCGCGGGAGCUGAAAGCACUCAACAAGAGCAUGUUCGCGGUGCACGUGUCCAAUCCGUUCACAAGUGCCUCGCGCAGACGGGAGCGCGACGAGCGCAUCCUCAACACUCACCGUGAAGAGCGCGACCAGCGUGAGGGUACUCGUUCAGAAGCGUACCAGACCAAUGCGCGCAUGGACAAGGUCUUCCGGGACAUUGACCGAGAGGCGAAUAAGCAACAGAAGGGCAAGAAGGCGAAUGUUACCGAACGGGCCAAAUACCAGUUUGAAGCAGACAGCGAGGACGAAGCCAUGGAAGAUGAGAUCGAGCAAAAUUUGGACCUCCUCAGCGGGGCCGCAGGCCGACUGAACGGUCUGGCCAAAGCCACCGGUCAGGAAUUGGAUCAACAAAACAGACAUUUGGAGCGCAUCACAGGCAAGAGCGAUUACGUCGACGAUCAAAUUGCCAUGAACCGGGCGAAACUCGAUCGAAUCCGCUGA